AUGCGUUUCGAAAAGAACACCAUUGACACCCCCUGCCCGACCAUCGCGCUCAUCGUCUUGUCAGAAACGGGACAAGACCGACAAACCAUUGUUCACAUCGCUGACCUGGUUCCCCUCCACUACGUUGCACCCGCCCUCCCACCUUUCAUCUCAUUUGUCCAAUUUCGAGUAACCAACUGCGGGGAAAGAGGCGAAAGUCCCGUUACGAAGCAGACCAAGAACAACGCCGGGCCCGGCUUGCUUGGGACCAGCUGGAGCUUUUGGACGGAAUUGGUUUGCCUAGAGGCUGGAGGAAUGGCAGAGAUGGGACCAACGGAAAGACAUCUGCGGUCUGUCAGUGCUACCGAGGAGAGAAGAGGGCUCAUGGUGGCCUCGGCUCGCCGGCUCGCCGUGUAG